AUCGACCUAUCGAUACUACCAUUAGUGAAUAAUCCAAUCCCGACUAAUUAGAUUGUAAAUUAAAAGUAAAGACUCGUUAAUUACCAAUCAUGGCCACCUUGGAGGACAAACUACUGGGCGAGAAACUGGAGUACUACUGCAGCAGCAGCGAGGGCGAGGACAAUGGCGACGAGGGAGACGAUAAUAAGGGAGCAUCCGGAAAAUCCCGAUCCUCCGGUCUGACCAUCGACACAAAUCCGGAUGCGACUCCGGCUGGCGGAUUCCGGCAGCAGAGCUCAACGAACACGGGUCCCAAGGGCGUUGUGAAGGACUGGCAGAGAUUUAAGCAGCUCGAGGCGGAGCGACGGGAUGAAACCGAGCGUCAACGUCUGGCGCUGGCCAAGAAGCUCACUAUUACGGCGACAACGUCGGCGGAGGACGAGGAGCGCAAGCGGCAGGAGGAACUGGACGCCGAGCUGAACGAACUGAUGAGCGAGGACUUCCUGCAGCAGUACCAGAAACAGCGGAUGGCCGAGAUGCUGCGACAGACGGGACACCACCAGCAGUUUGGCCAGGUGCAGCAGUUGACCAGCCACAAGGAGUUCCUCGCCUGCGUCGAGCAGGAAAACAAGCACACCACCAUCAUCAUCCACAUAUACGAACGACAAUUGGCCGCCUGUGCCACGCUGAACAAAUGCCUGGACAGUCUGGCCAGCGAUUAUCCGUCCAUUAAGUUCGCCAAGAUCUGCAGCUCCGUGGCCGGAAUGAGCAGGGACUUCCGCACCAAAGGAUUGCCCGCCCUGCUGGUUUACAAGGCCCAAGCGGUCAUCGGAAACUUUGUGCGGCUUACCGAUGACCUCAGCGACGACUUCUUCGCCUCCGACGUCGAGAGUUUUCUGAUUGAGCACGGCAUUAUAGUGGACAGAGCUCUGUACAAUUGAGCUGUUAGCAAGGUUUAUGAACUGACAAGUAACUUAUUCGAGGCUUAACGGCUGGACCUUUCAAUGUAUAGCUAAGACCAUUAAACUUUUAAAUCUCUAAAACUCUAUCUUGGUUAAUUCCUUGAUAAAAUUCCGACCGUAUUAUUUGUAUCAACAAAAGAAACUAACACGACUUCUUGGAAUCUCCGAGUUACUUGUCAGUUUAAACCUGGGAAUUAGAAUUAUCCGCAAAUUUUGACCAAAUAUGUGUUCGUAAGAUUAGCAUUUAAGAGAACUUAAGCCCGCCCUCCUUUUUGAUUUUGCAAUUUAAAUAUUUAUUCUUUCCACUCAGUAAUUAGUUACAUUAUAUGUAUGAUUCUUUUCUCUUUUUUUGUUUUUUUGUAUACAGAAGUUCUUAAAGUGCAACUUUCACAAAAUGGAAAAUGUCUCUAAAAUGGGGUAAAUCAAAAGAACUAUAAAACUAAAUUAAAAAUAUUUGAAAAAUGUAUUCGAAAUGCAUUUUGCACUUGAAAAUAUAUGGAACAGAUCCUGCUCACUAAAUAUAGCGUAUAUCUAUAACGAUUCUGUCAUCAUUUACAACACGAUUUAUAUUUAUGUAAUAGUAUUUAGUGGCUAAUGAAUGUACUUCACUCGAACUCGUACUCCGUAAGAUUUAUACAAUUAUAUAUUUUAUAGCUUAUAGCCUACACAUAUACAGCAAUAAAAAUGAUGUCGAUAAAAUUAA